CCAUCCAGUCUGUGCGAGGCUCCCUCCAGUCACCACCCGGAGCUGCCACCAAGGGCCAGUAGGGCGGGGAGCAGCGCCUGGAAAAUGCGCCCCGGGGCUGCUGGCACUUUGAAGGCAGUCUUCCUCUUUUUCGCCUCCAUGUGCGCCUGGUACUCCGGGUACCUGCUGGCAGAGCUCAUUCCAGACGUAUCCCUGUCCAGUGCUGUUUACAGCAUCCGGAGCAUUGGUGAGAGGCCUGUCCUCAGAGCCCCAGCCCCUAAAAGGCAAAAAUGUGACAUCUGGACCUCGUGCCCCCCGAACACCUAUGCCUACCGGUUACUCAGUGGGGGUGGCAGGGACAAGUAUGCCAAGAUCUGCUUUGAGGAUGAGCUGCUCAUAGGAGAGAAGACUAGAAAUGUUGCAAGAGGAAUAAAUAUUGCCAUCGUGAACUAUGCGACUGGGAAAGUGAUAGCAACACAGUAUUUUGAUAUGUAUGAAGGUGAUAACUCUGGACCGAUGACCAAUUUUAUUCAGAGUGCUCCCCGGAAUUCCCUGCUCCUUAUGGUCACCCACGAUGAUGGCAGCAGCAGACUGAAGGAGGACGCCAAGAAGGCCAUAGAAGCUCUUGGAAGUAAAGAAGUCAGGAACAUGCGAUUCAGGUCGAGCUGGGUAUUUCUCACAGCAAAAGGCUUUGAACUUCCUGCAGGAAUUGAGAGAGAAAAGAUCAACCACUCUGACGAUUCGAGGAACAGAUAUUCUGGCUGGCCUGCAGAGAUACAGAUAGAAGGCUGCAUCCCGAAAGAGCCAAGCUAACGUUGCACAGGUUUAAUAAAUGUGGUUUUUGCUAGACAAAUGCAUCAUGGAAUGGCGCAAGGAUCUUAUCCAAGAGUCUAUAUAUGAUGAGUGUUUUGGGUUUGUCAUCAGCCAACCAAUUUCUCCUCGUUGUAUAAAAUCUGGGCACACAGUAUUGUUAUGCCAGUAUUUAUAUAGUGAAGAGAGAAUGAGCAGGGAGACAGAGAUGAGUGGGAAUGACUAAAGGGAAUAAAGGGAUUUACCUGGAAAGGAGAGGGUUGGGGGAAGUAAGCGCUGCUUGCCCAGGGGCGGAGCUAUUAUUUGAUCAGAUCUAAGUGUGACCCCUGUGGUCCAGACGCUCUGCAGAGGGAAAACCUUCAUUCCAUUGUCACCAAGCACAGCCUUGUUUCAGACAGCCAGCUCCUAGGAGGGCUUGGCAGACUGCCUCGGUCAACUCCAGUUGACCCUUGAGCUCUUCCUGUGGGGCCAUGAACUUAUUCAUCCCACAAAUCUGGGCGCCUCCUACCUUCUGCCACUAGCAAUGGGGUAAUGAAUGGGACCCAGUCUCUGCCCUCAUGCAGGAGUGUCACUCCAAUGACUGGCCUUUGUUUAAUGGGGUGGGGACAAAGGAGGCUUGACAGACCCAGCAGAGUCUUCCCUCAGGAGGGCAACUGUAUCCCUCCGACUCUCAGGAGACGCCUCAUGGAUCCAGGAAUACCAGAUCCCCACGCCCAGUGACGCGAGUCCAGGCAUGCGUCUGAUGGGGGUUAAGAAAUGAAGUCAUUGCCAAGCAUCCGUUCUAACCUCCUUCUGGAGCCUGGCUAAGAGAAGAGCUAGGAGACUCCGAUGCCAGGUUACCAUUGCUUCUCGGGGCCUCCGGUUUCUCAUCUGUAAGAUGGAGGAUUUGGGAAAGAUGAAAUGAUUUCAAGCCCUUUGAUCAGCAGGACCCCUUUUACAAACACGCUAGCACAUGGCAUCCUGAAUUUCAACGUCCUCAAAGUAACAACUGCCCCAACUCUCAGUGGCUUACAACAGUGUUGAUUUCUCCUUCGUGUUACAUGUGGGCCACGGGGCCGCCUCAGCUCAGCCCAGGGCGCUGGGAGCCAGAUCAGAGCGGGGUCCCUAUCAGGCACGGAAGCCAAGAAGAGCAGAAAUCCAGCUGCCCCCACAGCUGCUGCCAGGACACCAUG